CCCUUCUUUAGAAGUUAGAGCUCUGAAAUCUAGAGUUAUUGAGUAAACUGUAAACUCUGAGAUUCUUCUGCAAACUUGGCUUCACUGUUCCUCAGACACGACUUUCAAUCUAAAAUCCUCCUGCAGAAAUGUAUGAUAACCUGGGAGCACAGUCUGGAAUGCCAAGACCGCCUCUUAAUCCACAGGCAAGUCCUUUUGGAAAUGCAUUCUCUGGUGGUAGCUCGGGGUUCAUCAGGAGUGGACUAGGGGCUUAUGGAGAAAAAAUCCUUGGUUCCAGUUCUGAAUAUGUUCAAAGCAAUAUAAGUAGGUAUUUUUCCGAUCCCCAGUACUACUUCCAAGUGAAUGACCAGUAUGUGAGAAACAAAUUGAAGGUUGUUCUUUUCCCUUUUCUACACAGAGGUCAUUGGACAAGGAUCACAGAGCCAGUAGGUGGCAGGCUAUCCUACAAGCCCCCUAUCUAUGACAUAAAUGCUCCAGAUUUAUACAUUCCAUUCAUGGCAUUUGGUACAUAUGUUGUUCUUGCUGGCUUAUCUUUGGGUCUCCAGGGAAGGUUUACCCCAGAAGCUCUAAACUGGCUGUUCAUCAAGGGGUUGGUUGGUUGGUUUUUACAGGUUUCAUUGUUGAAGAUGACAUUGUUGUCACUGGGUAGUGGAGAGGCUCCUCUCCUUGAUAUUGUGUCAUACUCCGGAUAUGCUUUCACAGGAUUGUCCAUAGCUCUUCUGGGAACAAUUAUAUGGAGCCAUUGUUACUACUUCUUGAUGCCAUGGACAAGCUUAUGCAUGGGAAUAUUCUUAGUAAAGACAAUGAAGAGAGUUCUUUUCGCAGAAGUGCGAACUUAUGAUUCAAGCAGGCAUCAUUACCUCCUCCUCUUCAUUGCCCUAGCUCAGUUUCCACUUCUCUUUUGGCUUGGAAAGAUAAGUCUUAAUUGGUUCUUUUGAAAAAGAAUAGUCAUAAUAUGGUUCAGCAGCUGUUUUCUGUGAAGUAAUGUAAACAAUUUUUGUGUAGGAUUUACCUUGACAUUGCAAUGUAACAUUUACAGCGAUUGUUUUCC